AUGUCUGAGGCCGAGGUAGAAGAGCCAACGUUCUCCUCUCUUCCAGAGGAAGCUAUUUCCGCAGCACCGCCUGCAGAAAAUGACGCACAAGAAGCCGAAUCCGCCGCAAAUGACCUUCCCGUCCCUUACACGACCUUCACUAAAGCCCACAAACGUCUCAUUACUGUCAUUCUAACAUCCACAAUGCUCGCAUCGCCGCUAACCGCUACGAUAUACCUACCUCUGCUGCCCUUGUUAGCUACGCAUUUCCACGUCUCGACCCAAGCAAUCAAUCUCACAAUCACACUUUACAUAGUCUUCCAAGCAAUCUCUCCGCUGCUCUUCGCGACGGCUUCGGACAGCUUCGGGAGAAGGCCGGUCAUCCUGCUCACGUACGCGGUCUACACGGCUGCAUCGCUAGGGCUGGCGUUAAACAAAAGCAGCUAUGCCGCUCUACUAAUCCUGCGCGCAGUGCAAAGUCUCGGCGCAUCGGCAGUCUUGGCCAUCGCCUACGGCGUCAUCGCAGACGUCUGUCCGCCGGCUGAGAGGGGAGGCAUGCAAGGUCCUACGAUGGGAGCGGCGAACUUAGCGGUUUGUCUAGGACCAGUGAUUGGGGGGCUGGUGGCCCUGGGGAGUGGGAGUUACGAGUGGGUUUUCUGGGCACUAGUAAUCUUUGGGGGAAGUGUAUUCUUUUUCGUUGGGGCUGGACUUCCGGAGACGGCCAGGAGUAUCGUUGGAAAUGGGACUGUCGAGGCUACGGGGUGGGGGAGAAGCUGGUGGAAUCUCCUACGAGGAAGGAGCAAGCGGAAAGUUGAUGCUGUGGAGAUGGAAAAUAGCAGUGAGGCCAUGGGUGAGAAAAAUGGAGGAGCAAAGAUAGGGCCCGGAAAAAAAGCCAAAUUCAAGAUGGCCAACCCAAUGGCUGCAAUUCGUAUCCUAUUCUGGAAAGAUACGGCACUGGUCCUCUGGAUGGCAGGUUCGCCUUAUGCAGUCUGGUACGCCGUCCAAGCAUCUAUCCCGUCUAUCUACAAAGACAUCUACCAUUUCAACGAGCUGCAAAUCGGUCUCUCAUACCUCACAGGAGGCUUUGGUACCGUAAGUGGUGGCUACUUGAAUGGUAAGUUGAUGGACUGGAAUUACAGAGCCACGGCUAGAUCGAUCGGCCACACAAUCGAUAAGGUCUCUGGGGACGAUCUGAAAGGUUUUCCAAUCGAGAGCGCCAGGGCUAGAGGGUCUUACUACCUCCUAGCAAUAUACAUAACGGCGCUUGCGGGUUAUGGAUGGUCUGUCCAAGCGCGUGCACAUGAGGCCGUGCCGUUGAUCCUGCAGUAUGUGCUGGCGGCACUGUGCACGAGUUUCCAACAGACGUUCAAUGCGCUGUUAGUGGACAUAUUCCCGGCGAGUCCGAGUACGGCGGCCGCGAGUGGAAAUAUUACGAGGUGCGCACUUUCCGCCAUUGUUGUGGCAAUAUUGCAGCCGCUGGUGAACGUCAUGGGGAGGGGAUGGUUUUUUACGGCACUGACAGUGCUGAGCGGGGGUGGCGGUCUGGUGGCGGAUUGGCUGGUGAAGAACAAAGGGAUGCAGUGGAGAAGAGAGAGGAUUGAGAAGGCCGGUAAAGCAAAAACAGAGCGGGGCGACGGCGAGAUGAAGAGAGAGCCUGGAGCUUUCGGUAACCCAGAUUCCAAGACCAUCCGAUGA